UACGCAGUAACAGGAUUGGGUUCCUCUGAAUGGCAGAAACCAACAGCACAGAUCCACAAUAUUGACGUCAUGAUUGUUGCGACCUGUGACUGUCUGAUCAAGCACAUUUCGCCGGCUCGGAUUUCUGUGAUCAACUCACUGAUAGGAUCUGACACGAAUUAGCCUAAUAAUGCAAUAGACUGCCUUUGGUUUUAGUAAGACAAUGCAGGGCUUUGGCACAAGACUGCAGCAGGUAUGCUAGUAAAAUGACAAAGAACCAGGAAAUGGUUCAGUUUUACACUUUAUCACGGGCGACACUGUAGCUUUUUUGUACACGCUCAGUUAUUGACUGCAAGCGAAUGCCGACAGCUCCUUGGGACGACGGAAAGUGAGUCGAACUUUACGAAGUUAAUUUGUUGGCCAGUUGUGUUCAAAAGGUACGUUUCCAUAGUCUGCACAAAACUGCAGCUGGAGUUGAAACUUAUCUGAUCACUAUCCGUCCGUGGCAACGUAUGGAUUUGAGCGCAAAUGAUUCCAAGUACUGCGACUGGAUGUCAACGUUGUCCGAAAAGCUAUGGGACAUACCCUUGACAAACCUCGCCAUCCCAGGCAGUCAUGAUACCAUGAGUUAUUGUCUUGACACCAGUUCACCGUUGGUUCGGUCGGAGUCGGACACUUUCAGGGUUCUGGACGGCCUCUUCUACUGCUUCACGCGACCUGUCAUUUACAGAUGGGCCACGACACAGGAGAAAGGCGUAAUAGAGCAACUGAAAGAAGGGAUCCGCUACUUCGACUUGAGGAUAGCCCACAAACCUCGUGACAAAACAGAUGACCUGUACUUCACACACGUCAUAUAUACAUAUGUUACAGUCAUGGAAACAUUACAAGAAAUGUCCAGUUGGCUUGACGCUCACCCGAAGGAGGUUGUCAUCUUGGCUCUCAGGCACUUUGAAGGUCUGAACGAGAAACUCCACGAAGCGUUCAUUUAUUCUCUCAAGCGAACGUUUGCCUCAAAACUCUGCCCUCGCACGGAGUCUACUCUGACCUUGCGUAGGCUGUGGAGUCUGAAGCAUCAGGUGAUCCUGUCCUAUGAUGACCAGGCUGCCGCUCGACACGAUGACCUCUGGCCAGCCAUCCCCUACCUGUGGGCCAACAAGCCCAGCGCAGAGGGCCUCAUACACUACCUGGAGUGGCAGAAGUCACUCGGUCGCCCAGAUGGCUUCUUUGUCGCGGGCCUGAACCUGACGGCGGAUCGCUGUUUCAUCACGUCGCACCUGAAGGAGUCUCUGCGCUCGCUGAGCCUGGCCAACUGGGUCGAGGUGAGGGAGUGGCUAGGAGUCCAGAGGCCUGGGCAGGAGCGCAGCUGCCUCAACAUCAUUGCCGGAGACUUUGUAGGCCUCAUCCCCUUCUGCAGCCAGAUCAUCGCCCUCAACGAAAAACUGAUCAGAAGCCCAACGUCUUAAUGUGACUGGCUCAGAAGCGCAAAAAGGAAACAUAUUUGCCUUAACCAGAAAUUUGUUCGUCCCUCUUUUUUUGUUUGUGAUGUUUCGGGUCAACAGACCUAACUCAAGUGUUUCCCUUCCUCAGACGUGUAAAAAAAGAGGCAUCAACGAAUUCCUGGUUGAAGUGGACUUUUUCCCUCUUU